UCUUGAAUAGCAAGAAGGCGGUGGCGGGGGCUGCAGCAAGGGAAGUGAGGCAAGGGAGGGUCAGAGGCAAGGUCAGGAAGAAAACGAAAAGCUAAGUGGAUCAUCCAGGGUCCCAAGCCUGGCACUCGGUGGAGCCAGGAUGUGAAGAAGGGCCGUUUGGAGGAGGAUGAGCAGGACACAGGGGUGAGGAUGAGGACCAAAGGGACCCCAGGAGCCUUCAGGAACACAGGAGGGUCAGGAGAAGCCCUCAGCUGCCUCUCAAACCCUAGGGAAAGGACGGCAGGGGUGAGAGCGCCCCCUGGUGGUCAGAAAGUUCCAGGGUGCCACACAACCCUUAGAAGCCCUCAGCUGGCGCAGGGUGUGGGCUGCUCUGCCCAGACGAGUGUGCCAGAUGCGCCGGGUGUGCCUCUGUCAGCAGGCCAUCCCGGCCUCACCCAGCCUGGUUCAAGUCCCAACUCCAUUGGCCCCCAGCUGCUUGAGCCCUAACAUUCCCCCGCCUUCUCAUCUGUCAGAUGGGGGCGCAGAAACGCCUCCCCACAAGGCUGCAGUGGGGACCGCAGGACUCUCCUGGGCAAUGCUGCUAAGGGUUGGGCGCAGAGCAGACACCGUGUGAGUCUCCUGUACCACCAUCGUCAUCAUCAUCAUCUCUUUGGCGCUCUUGUCCUCAAGUCUCCACUGCUCCCAAAACAAGAGGGAUGCCGCCCCCUCGGCUGUGGCUGCUGGUCACCGCGCUCCUGGCUGCGGCUCAUCGGACAGCCCUGGCACAUGGAGGAGAUUCUGGCCUCCUGGACCCCGGCCCCCAGGACAGCCCACCCUGGACAGCCUUGCCGUGCCACAAGAUCUCCGUGAGCAACAUAGAUUUCGCUUUCACUCUCUACAGACAGCUGGCUCGGGACUCCCCGCGAGAGAACAUUCUCUUCUCCCCGGCCAGCAUCUCCACGGCCUUGGCCUCGAUUUCCCUCCGGGCCUCGGCAGCCAGCAGGGUGCAGCUCCUAGAGGCCCUGGGCUUCAACCUCACCAUGGUGACCGAGGCCGAGGUCCAGGACGGCUUCCGGGACCUCCUGCUCAGGCUGCCGGUGCAGGGCUCCGGGCUCCUCCUGAGCACCGGCCAGCGCCGGUUCGGCAUUCUGGACCCCGGGGCCACCCUGGACCUGAAGGAGGCUUGGAAAAACAUGGACGAGCACAUAGAUAAGCAGACCCAGGGCAAGUUUGGAACCUGGGGAAAGGACGUCAAGAAUGAAACCACAGAGGUUCUGGUGAAUCAUGUGCUUCUCAGAGCCGGGUGGGCGCAGCCCUUUGACCCACGAGGCACCAGCCUGCGGGGCUUCUCUGAGGACGAGCACAGAGCCGUGCAAGUCCCCAUGAUGAAGCAGCAGGCCCGCGUCCGCGUGCUGCGGGACCCCGAGCUGCAGUGCGGGGUGCUACAGAUGGACCACGCCAGGAACACCACCUCCUUCUUCGUCUUCCCUGACCCCGGCACCAUGGGGCAGCUGGAAGAGGCGCUGCAGCCCGAGACGCUGAUCAAGUGGGACAGUCUGCUCAGGACCAGAGACCUCGCUUUCUAUUUCCCCAAAUUUUCCAUUUCCAGCUCCUCCAGGCUGGAGCUGCUGCUCCCCCUAGUGGCCGUGGGCGGAAGCUUCCCAGGGCAGCCUGCCCUGCAUGUCUCUAAAGUGACACAUCAGGCCAGGAUGACAGUGGACGAGGACGGCACCGAGGCCGCCGCUGCCACAGUUGUUCAGCUCACUCCCAGACCCCACCUGGACUCUGAUCUCCCAGCCCCACCAGGCCCUGCUGAGCUCAGCCGGCCCUUCCUGGUGAUGACUUUCCACACAGAGACAGGCAGCAUGCUUUUCCUGGGGAAGGUCGUGAACCCCCAGGGUAGUGCAGCCCCUGACCAGCCGGGUGACUCAGAGCCAACAAAAUAGGAGACUGUAAUGGGGAACUCAGUCAUCAUCCACGUCUCUGGGUCUCCUGUUGACGUAACCAGAUUGUCCGAGAUGUGGACUCCUUGGAAGUGAAGUGGUGUAAUGGGUUGAUUAAUGAAUGGUCAACUUGUAACCCUCAGCUGAACUGAAUCAGCUUGGCCUGGGCAUAGAGGAUCCACCUGAGGAUUGUUGCCUGUAGCCAUAAAAAGAGAACUGGGGAGGAAGACCUGGGCCUGUUGAUUUUUCUAGGAGAAGUUUACUGUGGAUGGUUUUCCUGAUGCAAACUAGGCUGUUCUCAUCGGAGGAGGAGCUCGGGGCCUUGUCACUGG